CGGCUGCACGCGGCGGGUUUGAAUGACCGGUGCGGCGGAGGCGGUGGCAGGAUGGAGGACGCGGAGCUGCGCUGCACCGUGGCCGUGGAGCAGCCGCUGCCGGGCGGAGAAGCCCCGCGGCGCCGCCUGAUGCGGGGCGCGAUGGUGCUGCUGGGCCGCAACGAGCUGCGGCAGCCGGUGCUGCGAGUGGUCGGUAACGGCGGGGCGGCGGUGCUGAGCUUCGUGCUGGCUGGUGACACCGUGCGGCUCUUCACGCGGUUCGCGGGCGACGGGCGGGCGGCCGUGCGGGUGGGGCCGAGCGGCGCCCAGGUGCUGCUGUCCGACUGUCCCCCAGACGCGCUGCGCCGCUUCCUCCGUCUCCUGCGGCUGAAGGUCGCCGCCGGGCCGCGGGGCGCACGCCGCCUCCCCCGGCUGCUGGACCGGCCGCCGCCGGCCUUCGCCGUUAUCAGCCCGCUGCAGGAGCGAGACCUGCUGCGCGGCCCCGGCCGCCCCCACGGCGGCGAGGCGCGGGGAGAGCGCCCUGCCGAGGUGCCCCGCGCGGAGAGGCGACCCCCGGCCAGGCUCUCGGCGGAGCAGGAGGCGGUCCUGGGCGCCGUGCGGAGCGGGAAGAGCAUCUUCUUCACCGGCUGUGCAGGGACUGGGAAGUCGUUCCUGCUGAAGAAGAUCGUGGGAUCCCUCCCACCCAAGAGCACAUACGCUACAGCCAGCACGGGAGUGGCGGCUUGCCACAUCGGUGGUACCACUCUCCACGCCUUUGCAGGAAUCGGCUCUGGGAAGGCACCUCUGGAACAGUGUAUUCAGCUGGCAGAGAGGCCUGGGGUGCGCCAGCACUGGCUGGCCUGCCAGCACUUAAUUAUUGAUGAGAUCUCAAUGGUGGACGGCAAGUUCUUUGACAGGCUGGAGGCGGUGGCGAGGGCAGUCAGAAAACGGGAUGAGCCUUUUGGAGGAAUUCAGCUGAUCAUCUGUGGGGACUUCUUGCAGCUACCCCCAGUCUGCAAGGCUAAUGAAGAAACCAAGUUCUGCUUCCAGGCAAAAAGCUGGAGGAAAUGCAUCCACAUAAACAUGGAGCUGACCGAAGUGUGGAGACAGACUGACAAGACCUUUGUCUCGCUCUUGAGUGCAGUCCGCUUAGGCAGGUGCACAGAGGAGGUUACCAGACUGUUGAUGCAGACUGCUGCUAACAGGUCUGAGCGUGAUGGGAUCCUGGCUACGCGGCUCUGCACCCAUAAAGAUGAUGUAGCAAUAACUAAUGAGAGAUGCUUGCAACAGCUAUCAGGAGAAUUGUACACUUUUGGGGCUUUGGACAGCGACCCAAUGCUAGUGAAAUUAAUCGAUGCUCAGUGUCCUGUGGGUGGUAGAGUUGAGCUAAAGCUUGGAGCCCAGGUGAUGCUAGCUAAGAAUCUGGAUGUGUCUCAAGGGCUGGUGAAUGGGGCACGAGGAGUUGUUGUAGGAUUUGAAAGUGAACAGAAGGGGCUGCCUAAGGUGAGGUUUCUCUGUGGGGUCACACAGGUCAUCAAAAUGGAGAAAUGGGUCUUCAAAGGUCCAUCAGGAGUUUAUCUGAGUCGUCAACAGUUGCCUUUAAAAUUGGCAUGGGCCAUUUCCAUUCACAAGAGUCAGGGCAUGUCUUUAGACUGUGUGGAAAUCUCCCUGUCCCGUGUAUUUGAGAGUGGGCAGGCUUAUGUAGCCCUCUCCCGAGCCCGCAGCCUUGCAGGUCUCCGUGUUCUGGAUUUUGAUCCGAAAGUAGUGAGAGCUGAUCCUUCUGUGUUGGAGUUCUAUAGACAGCUGAAACGUCAUCAACUUCUACCACAGGAUUCACUACACACCCAUUCAGGUGCUGAUGAGAAGGAGAACUGGAAAUGCAGCUGAGAAUGCUCUUCUGGCCUUUGUGAGGCGUCAGCACUGACUGUUGAGUUGCAGUGAUCUUGCUGUUGAGUAUGUUUGAUAACCUAGAUAAAGUCAAAGGAAUCUUUUCAGAUGUCUAAGCACAUCCAGAGUGAACUGAAUGACGAAGAAGUAUUCUUAUCUCAGUGCCUCUAAAUUUGGAAGGCUUCUGUAGCCCCUUUCUCGGCCCACAGCCUUGAGUAUUCUGUGUCACAGAUGCAACUCUAGCAAACAAAAUGACUGAACAAGGAUGUGCCUGAUGGACCUUCCUACGGUUCUAUCCUGUCUGCCCGGUCACAUUUUACGCUCCACGUAUGUAGACUGAAACUUGUGUGCCUUUCUUCAAGUAUACUACAUUUGAGAGAUGGAAGGUGUGUAUCUUCUUUGCCUGGAUGGAUUUGACCUCUUCACAAGAGCUGCUGACAGAAGGGAAAGCAGUGUGAAGCGUCUGGAAUACAUGCUUGAUUCUGCUGCAAGUGAGGAGCUGCCAGAAGCUGGGCUAUCACUUUAUAACAUGGUGGGGUGUUCUUGCCUUCCAGAUGCUUAACACCAGGAGGCUUUGCAUAACUUACUCCACAAGCAGAACUGUAGCAGUUAGUCACUGCCCGUUAUACUGAUACAUAGCCUUUUUAUUGGUCUGUUGCAUACUAUAAAAUGUCAUUUUUAUUUUUUAACCUGCUGAGAUGAGCUGGCACUGUUUAAAAAUAGGAGAAAGUCCUAUGUCUUGUACCCAUAAUUAUGGAACUCCAAGAAUCAUGAAGAUCCAUACCCCAUUAGCAAGAAGGGAGUGAGAGGAGAUGGGUGCUGGUGAGAGCCCCUCUUGUUUAAACACAUAAGGCUCACUCAAGCAGGAGGGAGUUUCUGCUGGAAACAAUGUGUCUGACUAAUAAGGUGUAAGUUAAAUGUGCAAUAGGGAGUAAUGGCUCAAGCAGAGAUGAGCAGAACUAAUAUACUGUCUUUUUGAAGCCUUAAAGCAGCUUCAGUCUUUGUAUUUUAGCCCAUUGAUUAAAGCUGAAGUAACUUGUAUGGUUUUAAAUGUUUAACGUGCAGGAAUAAUGUGAAAUACCAACAUCCAUCUGGAACUCGUCUCUUACAGGGGAGUGUCUCUGUAACAAAGCCUCUGCAGUUCGAGUGAGUUGAAGGCCACUUCUUGGCAGCUGCUCCUCUUAAAGCCAGGGAAGGAUGUUGACUAGCACAUGGUUAACGUAACAGAAAACAGAUUUUGGUAGGAUUUCAAAAUAUAUUAAGUUUUUAUUUGUUUGGGUUUUUUUUCUGGGCUUGAGGGGUAGAGUUUUGGAGGAAGUUAUAGUAGAACACAGAAGCAUGAGAAUUAUUCAGAGGUGUUUAAUCUAAGAAGGGCAGCUUAAUGUAUUGGCACAUUCUUUCUUCAAUGACGGUAGGUGGGAAGUAGAUGGAAGUACCUGAAGCUGAGGCUGCAGUGUGUGGAAGGUGAGGCCCUUCCUCUCAUGCUACAGGCUCUUCCUGGCACUGUCUCUGGUCUUUCAGACUCCAUGUGUGUGUGUGAAUUUUUUUUUUUUAAACAACUUUGCAAUCUUCCAAAGCUGGUUGUCUGCCUUGGGGAGGAACUGAAAAAUGACCUUCCUAUGCCCACAUCCCUGGGAAGGAGGGUGCUGGUAUGCUAAAGCAUCACUGCUGGGGCAGGUGAGUACUGAGGUGUGAUUCCUUGGCCUGCGGCUCCCAGAGCUGCCACUGGACCUGGGUGAGGGCCAGUGACUCCAUUGCAGUCCUGCACCCACAGGGGAGCUGCUGCAGGUGUCCCCACCCAGCCUGCAGGCUGUGUCCCUGCAGCUGACUACGUGGCAGUACCCAGAUGGGGUGACUAAGCAUGGGGGUGCUCAGGUUCAGCCCUUUCCUCCUGUGGCGGCACACAUGGAGUGCAGGUGUGGCAGGCUGUACCCAGCCUUUCCUUGCAUGCCUCUUGUUCCCUCGGCUGCACAUCAGCCCUACCCUGCCCUGUGUCCCCAUCUUGCAGCGCUCUUGUCCACGCUCAUGCCACUGUUCUGUGGUGGGUGCCCUGGCUGAGCCUCUGCUGUGACACUCAUACUUCCUGUGUCAUUCCAGCUGGGCCUCAGCAUGCAUCCUCCAUCUUUGUCAUGGGCUGACUUUUUGCUUUCAUUUACAUUGUUCUACAGACCAUUGGCUGACAUUGUGCCCAUCCUCCCCUCGUGUUCCUUGUGCAGGUGGUCAGAGGCUGUGGGUGCCUUAAUUGUCAGAGGCAAGGCUGACUUGCAGGCAGAAAAUCCCAAUCGGUAACCUAAAAGCCCAUAUGCUUGGCCAGUGGGCUGGGCUGGGGCCAGUUUGUACUCUUGUGGCUUUUUUGACAUGGGAUGCUGCAGUAUGAGGGCUUUGAGUUGCAUUGGAGGUUGAGGUGAGGCAUCUGAAAUGCUCGGGGAUGUUAAAGAGUUUUACUGUUGGGAUAGACAGUUAGGAAGAAUAUGCCAAGCACUUCCAGUCAUAUACAAUGCAUUGAUCUAUUGCAAGAUUGUGUAGGAGUAAUGAGAUAAUGCAGGUUCAAAUCCUUUAACAUCUCCGAAAAAGUUCCUGUACCACUGUAAUGACAAGAUAAUUUAGAGUGUAAAAGGGUUGAUUAUGUACAAUGCAAACAAACUUUUAAUUGUGA